AUGGGUCAGGUCAGUCGGAACUUUUUGCAAAAUGUCAUCCUUGGAGCAGGCCCUGAUGGUCCCUAUGCCAGAGCGAUGAAAGGAGAGAUCACCUUAUCUCAGCUGAUUUCUGAGCUGGAAGAGGAUUGCAAGAAGUUUGCUGCCUCCUUGGGGGCUUCUCUCCCGGAGACAUUCUCCGUAGCACAGGUCUUUGAGGAUAUUUUGACACAAGGAAAGCACAAUACUGCUCUUCUGCAAGCUGCUGUAACUCUCAGGAACAAUGGGUUCAGGACGUGUGUGCUCACAAAUAACUGGAUAGAUGAUGGUCCUCAGAGACACAUCACGGCUCUCGCGUUCUCUCUGCUGAAAAAGUAUUUCGAUCUGGUGAUCGAGUCUUGCCGUGUCGGUCUGAAGAAGCCGGACCCUCGAAUUUACGAGUAUGCGCUGGACGUGCUGAAGGCAAAGCCGCAGGAGGUUAUUUUCCUGGAUGACACUGGAGCUAACUUAAAACCAGCCCAGGAAAUGGGAAUAGCCACCAUCCUUGUCAAGGAUACCGAUGCUGCCCUGAAGGAACUGCAGGACCUGUGUGGAAUUCAGCUUCUUGGCCAUGAAGAGACUCUGCCAAUCGCAUGUGACCCAGUGAACGUGACCCAUGGUUAUGUGCCAAUCAAGCCUGGAGUCCAGCUGCAUUUUGUCGAGAUGGGGAAUGGCCCAGUGGUGUGCCUCUGUCAUGGCUUCCCUGAAUCCUGGUUCUCCUGGAGGUACCAGAUCCCUGCUUUGGCUGAGGCUGGCUUCCGGGUCCUGGCUUUGGAUAUGAAAGGUUACGGAGAUUCCACUGCUCCCCCAGACAUAGAAGAAUAUUCCCAGGAAGAAAUAUGCAAGGAUCUUGUGGUUUUCCUGGACAAACUGUAGGUGGCUCUGUGGCAGAAGAGGGAGCACAUCCUUCGACUCCAGUCAACCCGCAGAGGCUGAACUCCUAACUGAGUGAAGGCUCCGGGUCUUGCAGUGGAAAAUUGCUCCAGCCUAAUCAUGCUGGUUGUCCCCGGCUGUGCGUCUUCUCUCUAAGGGCACCUGCCCCUUGGUGCCCUGUGUGGAGUGGAACCCCCCUCACCUUCCAC